ACAUGUAGUAAUACACACAAAUACAUCAUGCGUCUAAGAUUCACAUAGUCAACUCUCCUAACCAUGAAAUCAAUUUAUAUCCAUUAUUACGCCCAUUUUAUCGGGCAAGAAUCUCUCUUUCCAUGUAUAAAUAUACACACACACACACACACACAUAUAUAGUUGCACUCUAUAUCAUCGCCAUAAAUCUCACGUAUCCAUCCUUCUCCCUUUAUACACAAACGAGCAUCAUCAUGAAUGAAGAACACAAUAACACAUUUCCAACACCAAAAGCUUCAUUAUUGUUAAUCGAGGAUGAUCUAUGCAAGAGAGAAUCAAUGAUCUCAAGAAACUCAUCGGUGGGAGGCUCUUCUAGAUUGUUCUAUUACUAUCAUCAUCGGAGCCUCGACAAAGGGGUUCCUUUUAAGUGGGAGAUGCAGCCGGGAACGCCGAUCAAUCCUCCACCGGAAGACACCGUUCCUCCGAUUACUCCUCCUCCGGCGUUUCUCAGCCUUGGUUUCCCAAAACCCUCAAUCACAGUCGUCGGAGACUCUAGUAAACAUUCUCUUUUUCCGGCGAAUCUUAAGAUUUGGAAGUGGAAGAAUCUUCGUAAGAGAUGUUUCUCUAGAUGGUCAAGCCAAAGCAUGCUUAGUAAAGAUUAUAAUAAUGGUCGUAGUGGUAGCUCAAAUUCUUGUGAUGAAUUGGAGAGAUUCGACAAGUUUGAUGAGGAUUACAGGUCGAGCUCAUCAUCAUCAUCUUCUUCUUCUUCAUCGUCGUCGUCUUCCUCGAAAGAUCGGAGAUUGAUAAAGGCUUCCCCACGUCAAUGGCUUAGCGGUUGUCCACCUCGGAUCCCAAGAAACAAUCAUACUGCUUAUCGUUAAAAGCGCUUCUCUUUAAUCAUUGUAUUGUACCAGAUUAAUACUUAAGACAACGACACCGUGGAAAUGAAUUACAAAAAAAAUAGUAUCAGACUUCGAAAAAUUAUCCGAAUAUAGUAAAAACAUUCAUAUUUUCAUUUGGCGUCUUGUUUCUUUUUUUUUAUCUAUCAAAUCUUUUAGAAAUAUAUAAUCAACA